AUAAUUUGCUUUGAAACUUUAACUUGUAAUCUGGCUAAUAAGCACUAAUUUACAAACUAUUCUACAUUGUAAAGGAGAAAUGAAUAUUUCUGGUGUUGUCCUUCUUUGAUUUAGAAGCUUAUCAUCUGCAGGACCUAAUUGGCCAUUGAUGUGAGGGUGAGGAAGAAGGAACCACAUCGCAGGGAGAAAAGACUAAAGGAAGGCAGAGGCUCUAAUAUCAGGUCAAUAUAGGUCAGCACACUACCCACAUGAAAUGGCUUUGGCUGGGUUCCAAGGUCAAGUAAAUAAGUUCAAUUUUUUUAUUCCUUCAAUUACAUAUUUUUUUGAUAAGCUUCGGUCAUUCAUGGUAUAUAACGCAUCUAACUUGCUGAGCAAAAUGCCAGACGUGAAAUAAAUGUUAGCUAUGGUAGAAGAGCUACAGUAACAGGUAACCUGAAACAUAGGCUGAUAGCUCAUAGAAGGGCAUGCUUGAAUUCGGGGGAAAAAAAAAAUCUCUGUUAAAAUGGGAUGCAAAACACUUUAUACAUUGCUUUUACAAAAGUUACACCAAUUUAAAGGAAAGUCUUCAAAAACAAUCCGUGAUCGAUAAAAUUAACAGAAAAAAAUCAGGAAAGGGGGAAAUAAUAAGGCAAGAAAGAUUAGCAGAACGAUCUUCCGCCCCAGUAAAUAGGAUUGAAUUUUAACCAAUGAGAUCACAAGUUUGAAAAUUUCCUUUUCAGGCCCAAUCAAGAGGAAGCUAUGUCUAUAAAUAGGACUGCCUAGACCCUCUCGUAUCAACGAAACAGCAUGGCCCGUACUAAGCAGACUGCCCGCAAGUCGACCGGCGGCAAGGCCCCAAGGAAGCAGCUGGCCACCAAGGCGGCCCGCAAGAGCGCGCCGGCCACGGGCGGGGUGAAGAAGCCGCACCGCUACCGGCCCGGCACCGUGGCCCUGCGGGAGAUCCGGCGCUACCAGAAGUCCACGGAGCUGCUGAUCCGCAAGCUGCCCUUCCAGCGGCUGGUACGCGAGAUCGCGCAGGACUUUAAGACGGACCUGCGCUUCCAGAGCUCGGCCGUGAUGGCGCUGCAGGAGGCCAGCGAGGCCUACCUGGUGGGGCUGUUCGAAGACACGAACCUAUGCGCCAUCCAUGCCAAGCGCGUGACCAUCAUGCCCAAGGACAUCCAGUUGGCCCGCCGAAUCCGCGGGGAGCGGGCCUAAGGCAUAUUUUUAAGUGGUCGAUCUAACGGCUCUUUUCAGAGCCACUGCCAUUUUCAUCAAGAGCAGCUGUGUCGGCUCUCCAUCUGAUGUGCGUCUGCCUUGCGCACCGGUCAGGGGCCAGAGGCACUCGUGGGUGACGUUAUAGAACCUAAAGCCCAGCCGUGAGUUGGCUGGCAGUAGAGAAAGCCGCAGAGGCAUGUUCCUUGUGGUUCCGGCCGAGCCUUUUUACGCUGGUUUAAGGCUAGAGGUCCGGUUCCCAAUUCUGUGGGUAAAGUUUCGCAUGGGGGCAAGAGACAAUGUGGGGAGUUUCUAGAUGUGGAAGAUCCUGAGUGUAAGGGUGGGGCGAGUCCCUUAAAAAUUAUAAACCCGUUUCCUGGUUUAUUUAGGAACUGUAUAAGCUUAAUUAAAGCUCAGCAUCUUCCUCACUACAUACUACAGGCGGUGCCCAAGCCAGAAUAGUAAUUUAAGCGGGCGGGAGUAAAUACCUGGUGAUUUUAAAAAAUGUGUGGGCUGAGGUAGUAUUUCAAGGAAGAGAACAAAAUUUCCCCAAAGUAUAGAAUAAAAAUGCAAAAACAAGGCAAGAGUUAACUUGUCUAGCUGGCGUUAAGAUUUCUUCCGUAUGCAAGUCUGUAAUGGAAAGUGAAAACCAAGAAAAAAACCCCAAGCCGUUGAAAACUAUCGCUUCACCUAGCUUAAAACUGGUUAGUGUGAAAUGGACCAUUCUGAUUGGAUAACAAGACUUUUGUUACAGUGACCAUUAAGGAAGCAAGACUAGAAUCUAUUAUUUACAUAGACUCCACCCCCUCUGACGACACCGUUGUAAGUUAACCAAUUAAAACGCAGCACUUUGCGAGUCUUCAUUUGCAUACAGGCUCUAUAAGUAGCGCCUAACCAGCCCGUUUUGCGGUAGUCCGGAAUUACUUUUUUCAGUCUCUGUUCCCUUUUUUCGCGCAAAAAUGCCGGAUCCAGCAAAAUCCGCUCCUGCUCCCAAGAAGGGCUCCAAAAAGGCUGUUACGAAAGUGCAGAAGAAGGACGGCAAGAAGCGCAAGCGCAGCCGCAAGGAGAGCUACUCCGUUUACGUGUACAAGGUGCUGAAGCAGGUCCAUCCCGACACCGGCAUCUCGUCUAAGGCAAUGGGCAUCAUGAACUCCUUCGUCAACGACAUCUUCGAGCGCAUCGCGGGAGAGGCGUCCCGCCUGGCGCACUACAACAAGCGCUCCACCAUCACAUCCCGCGAGAUCCAGACGGCCGUGCGCCUGCUGCUGCCCGGCGAGCUGGCCAAGCACGCCGUGUCCGAGGGCACCAAGGCGGUCACCAAGUACACCAGCUCGAAAUAAGGGUGUGCAAGGGACGCAAUAGAUCAACCACCUUACCCCAAAGGCUCUUUUCAGAGCCACUUCAGUAAUCGAGAAAGCAGCUGUAAGCACUUGUCAGAGCGUUGGAUAGCUUUUGGUCAGAUAGGGAGUGUUACCAUUGUCACGGAUGCAUUCGGGUGUAGGACUAAGGAGUUUCCUGUAGUCCUGUAAUGAGUUGGCCCUCAGUCAUCCCCGUCCAGUCUUACCGAGUUGCUUGUUAUCUGUGCUACGAGAUUAGAAAGGUUUGACUCGUUCUGGGAUAUUUGGGAGGGAGGGAGGGAAGGAGGCGGGGGGGUGGUUCUACACCCCUUCAACCUUUAACCUGUAUCUCCAAAGUAGUUUUCCUUUUUGUUUCUGAAAGUAAUGAACGAGAUGAGAUUUCCCAUACAGAUGAGAAACCCUCAGUCCAACCUCUUACUAUUUCUUAGUGUUUUAAUCUGUUUUCCUUACCAUAUACCUACAGGCGUCUGUCACAAACUUUGUCUAAUAUAGCCAUGUGCUUUCGUCCCUUAGCCUUUUUGCAAGUCCUGACUUAGCCAUCUUCCCCUUCCAUUCCAGUGACUUCCAACAGGGAGAUAUAUUGCCACCACCCCCACCCCCUGUGGAGUAUUUGGCAAUAUCUGUAGAUGUUUUGGGUUGUCAGGUGUGUGUGUGGGGAGGGGAGAUGCUACAAGUAUCCAAUGGGCAGAGGCCAGGAGUGCUAAGCAUAAGGCACAGGACAGUCCUCUGGGGGGACAAAGAGCUACCUGGCCUAUAAUGUCGAUCUUUGGUGAUUGAGAGACCCCAGCUCCCAAAGACAUCCCUAAUCUUCAGGAUUUAAUCUUCAUUUCAGUCAAACGUUUCCUUAACCCUACCAGCCCAUGUUUUUGUUCUUUUCUUGGUGAAAGCUGAGCACUUCAUAGGCUGUUUACAGGUCCUUCUCCAUAGGAAAAUACCUCCUCCAGGGCAAGAACCCUGUCUUGGUUCCAAACUUUCCCAAUUAUAAGAAUCACCUUUGCCCUUGUUAAACCUGCUUCCAGGUGCUUGUCCUGAGGUUUCCUGAUUCAGCUAGACUGAAGGUGGGACCUGACGAGGUGGUUGGUUUUUAGUGUUCUCAGGAGUGUGGAUGUUUUAAUAGGUGUUGGGUCCUCAUGUUAAUCGACCUGUGGGUAUGUCACAGUCUUAAUGUCACGGAUGUUCUGAGAAAGGAAACAAUUUGAGGAUGAGUGGAGGGGAAUUGGUGGUGUAGAGAAGGCCACAGUUAAUAUGUGGGGUGAAUUUCUGAAGACUUCUCAGUUCAAAACUUGUAUAACUCAAGAUAUCCUGACAAAAGCCAGUGGAUGUUUCUUUUGCCAAAUAAAAUAUACCCUUGAUGCAA